UGUUGCCUGUCAUUCAAUGCAACCUUUGUCAUUUCCAGAGUUACUAUUGAAGUGCAUUGCUUUUGCAAACGGUUUUGUGGAAUCUUUUCCUCAUAUGCACACAAAUAACGUGAGAUUUGCCAUCUGGUGGGUUCUGGGAAGUGAAAUCCCAUCAGGGUUCCACAAUCAAGACUUUCAAGUCCUUCAUAAAAUUGAUGGGUUUCAAGAUAACCAUGUUGUCCGAACUUCUGAGGAAGAAAUCUCAGAUCAAAGUUUUCACGAAAUUAAGAACGGUGGUUUUGUACACGCUGAUUCCAUUGUGUCAAUGGAAGUAGAUAUCAAUGAUUUCCGUGGUUCAAGAGAAAGUUGGGGAAUUUCUCUUUGCAUUGUUCUCCAAGAUAUGGACCUUGAUGAUGUGUUUGAUCUUUUAUACCUUAACAUGACUUGUAAAGCUCCAGAAGAUGAAUUCUUCGAAGAAGAGACACGAUGGCGUGUUUCUUUUGAAGGCCAUUCCCACCAAAUUUUCAUCAUGUACUUGCCCUUAAGCAAUUUUGCAGUUGCUUGCAACAAGGUUGAAGUCAUAUUUUAUACCACACGAAGUAUGCGCGCAGGCAUUGAAGCAGAAUUGGAUGUGAAAUCUGACUGCGGAGAUCAUGGGAAGUUUAUAAUAAACAAGUGUGGCUGGCGAGUGACACGCAAGGAAGAUGUAGAAGAAUGGCUCAGAACAAUCCAACAAUGCAGCAGUACCAGACAAAAGAAUGAAAUCCUUUCCCAAUAAUCUGUUCAUAGAAGAAAGAGAUACCAUGAAGGGGAAGAUCGGCAAGAAGAAGUCACUGUCAAUGAUGUGGAAACAGAAACAUAUUCAGCUCGACGGAGAAAACUUAAAUUGUUUUCUUGAUUGGUUUCACUCAGGAAUUGGGAGGUCCAGAGCUUGAUGGUGCCAAUUUGGUUGGAGCACUUCGCACUGACUUGUUUGAUCCGUCUUCUAACUCUUACUUCUU